UAGAAGAGAGGGAGACUGGGAGGGACCGUGGGUGAGGUUCACUUGGAUCCAAAACCCAGUGAAGCAACAACUUAUUAGAGAAACAAGGCAGAAAGUUCUGGAGCUACAACUUUUCCUGAAUAAAGCAGAAGGAGAAGAAUUCAGUCACUUAAGGAAUCUGGGAUUGAUUUUAACACAGCAAAACUGUUGUAUGCUCUCACUUUGGAGAACUUUUACUGAGCUCUGUGCUUCAGGAGUGCUCCGGAAAUACAGGAAGUGGUCUCACUAAUACUGGCAAGUUUUUCAGAAACAAAAAGACUAAAGUUUCCCUGCAGCUGCAGAGGCAGUGAAACUUGGGCUGACUACUCUGGCCAGACUUAUUGAGUUUUAGUCAUGUCGGGCAUACUUCCCCUCUUUCUCGUAUCUUUGUGUCUGAUCGUGGGCUCAGUCCAGAGCCAAAGCUCGUCUCAGGAUGCCUUUAUAAUCCAGUACCUGGAGAGGAGACUGGCUCAGAUGGAGGAAGGAAGAGUCCAUACUACAAUCCAGGGCACUGGGGAGUUUGGCAGAGAGUGGGCAGGUGGUAGCGACUGCAGCACGGGUCUGAGUCAAAUCAAGUCUCUCAAGAUUGUGAAGAAGGCAGGAGACACCUAUGGUUGCUGGUUUAAGGACCCCUCGGAAGGAUCAGCCAAGAUUUAUCUGCUCAGUGGAAUUCGUAACAACACCAUGCUGGAGUACGUUUCCCUGCAAAGCUUCACAGAGAGGACUUCAUCUCCAGCAAAGGUGGUGCAGCUGCCUUUCCACUGGCAAGGAUCGGGUCAUGUGGUCUACAAUGGAUUCCUCUACUACCACAAAGCAGAUACAACAAACCAAAUAGUGAAGAUUUAUCUGCUCAGCGGAAUUCGUAACAACACCAUGCUGGAGUACGUUUCCCUGCAAAGCUUCACAGAGAGGACUUCAUCUCCAGCAAAGGUGGUGCAGCUGCCUUUCCACUGGCAAGGAUCGGGUCAUGUGGUCUACAAUGGAUUCCUCUACUACCACAAAGCAGAUACAACAAACCAAAUAGUGAAGAAGCCUUUAAGAACCUUGGCAGUAGAGUCUGUGUGGGACACACAGUGUAGAAGCCAUGACGCUGAAGGAGCUUUCCUAAUAUGUGGCACCCUUUAUGUGGUCUACAACACACGCUAUGGAGGACGUUCCACCAUACAGUGUCUCUAUGACAUCCAUGACACCAUUCACAGCAAUGAGAGUCCUGUGAUGUUCUUCCCGAAACGUUACACCAGCCAUAGCAGCAUCCACUAUCACCCCGGAGACAAGCAGCUGUAUGCCUGGGAUGAUGGCUACCAGACGAUAUACAAAGUGGAGACACGCAAGAAUGACCAAGUCAUUGCAGACUAAUAUUACAACAGUGUUAAUAUACUGAUGUUUGUUGAGGACAUAGUUGCUUCGCAUUGUAAUGUACUGGGUACCCCUUAAGUGUAAUUAUUCAACAUUCCCAAGAAAAAUUGCUCUACUGGUGUUGUCGCUGAUGAAAGAUGUGGUAACCAAAGAAAUGUUUUAAAAUGUUUUAAAAAGUUUAAUUUUAAUGUGUAGUUCAAGGAAAUAUGUAAUUUAACCUAAAACAGGAUUGUUUACCACAAUAUAAGAUUUACACUUUAUGAUUUUUGUGAUCAAAAAACCUCACCGUAACGAUGUUAUCACUAUAUUUAGAGAAAAGUUUUAUGAGGCAAAAAAGCAGAAAUUCCAAUAGAAAGUUUGCAUUUAAACUCAAAACUGCCAUUAACUGUGCCAACGUAUAUAAUGCAUGCUGUUUUUAUGUGAAUUUCUGACACUAUACUGAUAUGCUGAUAUGAACUAGGCACCCCAGUGUUAAAAUAUGACAAGAAGCAAUUCCAGAACAAGUUUUAGUGCGUGAUGAGUCGGGUGUGAGAAUGUGUUGGUUAAUUCUGCAUCCUGUAUUAAAAUCUCUAUUAUCCCUUGAAAAUCAUGCAAAAAAAAGAAAAAAAAAGCACGUCUAGGAAAGCUAAUCAUAGGGUAUUUUAUAAUCUGCUGUUGUUUAGUGCUCCUUUGCUGGCAAUGGAUGCUGCCUUUAUCACUGUGAAGGGUUAUAGACAUGAAUUCCAUGUCUAACUGAAGCCUUUUUAAGCAUUGUACUUUAUACUUUGUAGCAACACAAUAAAGAGCAUUUAAAUGUAA